CUCUUGCCCAGCGUUUCUCAGGAGGAAGGCAGUUGGAGAGGCUUUGCUGCUAAGGAAAUUUAUUAAUAUAUUGCUGGUUUGAGGGGGGGAAACAUUAAAGAACCAGAGAAGCAAGCCAAGGGAGCAUCCAUAAAGACCAAUGGUGGGAAGAGAGAAGUUAACUUCAUUAACUUAAGUCAGUAGGUGACAGACAGAGAAACACUCUGCAAAGAUGGCAGAAGAAGAGGAAUAUGAGGAGGUUGUGGAGUACUACAUUGAAGAGGAAGUUGAAGAGGGGGAACCGGAGGAGUUUUAUACUGAAGUCACCAAGACUACAUACAGCACUGGAUCAACUCCAUAUUCUACAGUAACCACAAAGCAUACUUCGGAGACAACCCAGAAAGGUACACCUUCAGCUCCAGUCAGAAAAAAGGUUGUACGGACAAAAGUGGACACAUCGAAGUUUUUGACACCAUACCUGGAACACAGUACGAAAAUGCAAAAGCUCUUCAGUGAUAAAAAAUACAAAGAGAAAUAUGAGAAGGAGAGAGGAAAGCCGUAUGCAAUCACCACAGAUACCCCUGAACUUCGAAGAAUCAAGAAAGUCCAGGACCAGCUCAGUGAGGUUAAAUAUCGCAUGGCUGGUGACCUGGCUAAGACUGACUGUCACGUUGAUGGAAAGGCAAGAGACAUAGAACAUGCAAAGAAGGUUUCUCAACAAGUCAGCAAGGUAUUAUACAAACAAAAUUGGGAAGAAAAUAAAGAAAAGUAUCUGCUUCCUCCUGAUGCUCCAGAGUUUGUGCAGGCGAUAAAAAACACAGCCUUGUUCAGUAAGAAACCAUACACUGAAGACUGGGAAUCAGAUAAAACAAUGUUCUAUCCUUAUGAUGACAGCCCAGAAUUGAGGAGAGUAGCACGGGCCCAAAAGGCCCUCAGUGAUAUUGUCUACAAAAAAGGGCAUGAUGAACGCAAAGCUAAAUACACUUCUCUGGCAGACCCACCCGAUGUGGAGCUCGCUAAGAAAGUAACCAGACAGCUCAGCGAUCGUAAAUAUCAUGAAGACUAUGAGAAGAAGAAAGGCAAGUGGAGUCAGACUCCUUGCUAUGAAGUUGCAGUUGCUAAAAUGAACGCUGACAACUUGAGCAUGAGGAAAUACCAGGAAGACUGGGAGAAUAAGAAAGACCAAAUCUACUUUAUGCAAACAGAAACCCCAGAAUAUGCAGUUAAUAAACGAGCUGGGAUAACUGCAAGUAAGGUGAAAUACAAAGAAGAUUAUGAAAAAUCCAAAGCGUCUACUGAUUAUAAUGUACUUCCAGCUACAGAGAACCCACUGCUCAGGCAUCUAAAAGCUGCUGGAAAUCUUGUGAAUGAUAGAUUAUACAAAGAAGCAUAUGAAAAAGCAAAAGGAACAAGCAUUAACUACUGUGACACUCCAAAGUAUCAAAUUGACAGUGUUUUGAAAAACUUUGGCGAUGUUAGAUAUAAGGAGGCGUAUCAGAACAAUAUCUUGGGCCGAUACAUUGGCAGCUAUGGGGACCCCUAUCAAGCCCACUGUAUGAAAGUCGAAGCCAUGAAGAGUGAUAAAAACUACAAGGCAGACUACGAAGAAGAUAAGGCAAAAUGCUACUUCCCGCAGACCAUAACUCAAGAAUAUGAAGCUAUGAAGAAGUUAGACCAGUGCAAAGACUAUACGUACAAAAAGCGUCCUGAUCAGAUCAAAUUCACAUCAGUGACCGAUUCGCCUGUUCAGGUUCAAGCGCAGAUUAAUUCCAAGCAGCUGAGUGAUUUGAACUACAAAGCCAAAUAUGAGAAAGAGAAGUUCAAAUGUUCUAUACCACCAGAUGCUCCAUUUUUCCUUCAGUCCCAAGUCAAUGCCUAUAACCUCAGCGAUAACUGGUAUAAAUACGACUGGGAGAAAUCCAAGGCUAAGAAGUUUGAAAUCAAAUUUGACGCCAUUCCAAUUCUUGCUGCUAAAGCCAACCGAAAAAUUGCAAGUGAUGUGGAGUACAAGAAAGCUUAUGAACUGGGCAAAGGGAAGCUAGUUGGAGCUCUGAGCAUCCAUGAUGAUCCCAAGAUGUUACAUUCUCUGAAAGUGGCCAAACAACAGAGUGAUCGAUUGUAUAGAGAAGCAUAUGAAAAAGGAAAAGGACUCAGCAUUAACUACUGUGACACUCCAAAGUAUCAAGUCGACAGCGUUCUGAAAAACUUUGGCGAUGUUAAAUAUAAGGAGGCGUAUCAGAACAAUAUCUUGGGCCGAUACAUUGGCAGCUAUGGGGACCCCUAUCAAGCCCACUGUAUGAAAGUCGAAGCCAUGAAGAGUGAUAAAAACUACAAGGCAGACUAUGAAGAAGAUAAGGCAAAAUGCUACUUCCCACAGACCAUAACUCAAGAAUAUGAAGCUUUGAAGAAGUUAGACCAGUGCAAAGACUAUACGUACAAAAAGCAUCCUGAUCAGAUGAAAUUCACAUCAGUGACCGAUUCGCUUGUUCAGGUUCAAGCGCAGAUAAAUUCCAAGCAGCUGAGUGAUCUGAACUACAAAGCCAAACAUGAAAGUGAGAAAUUCAAAUGUUCUAUGCCAGCAGAUGCUCCAUUAUUCCUUCAGUCUCGAGUCAAUGCAUAUAACCUCAGUGAUAACUGCUAUAAAUAUGACUGGGAACAAUCAAAAGCUAAGAAAUUUGAAAUUAAAAUUGAUGCCAUUCCACUCAUUGCUGCUAAAGCCAACCGAAAAAUUGCAAGUGAUGUGGAGUACAAGAAAGCUUAUGAACUGGGCAAAGGGAAGCUAGUUGGAGCUCUGAGCAUCCAUGAUGAUCCCAAGAUGUUACAUUCUCUGAAAGUGGCCAAACAACAGAGUGAUCGUGAAUACAAAAAAGGUUAUGAAGAGUCAAAGACUAGGUACACAGUACCGCUGGACAUGAUCUCAGUUGUACAAGCAAAGAAUACACAGGCUAUUGCCAGCAAUACAGACUACAGGCAUCUCAUUCACAACUACUCCUAUCCUCCUGAUAGUAUUAAUGUGGAACUUGCCAAGAAGUCUUAUGCAAUACAGAGUGACAAUGAAUAUAAAGCUGACUAUAACAGUUGGAUGAAAGGCUGUGGCUGGGUGCCAUUGGGGUCCCUGGAUGUAGAAAAAGCUAAAAGAGCUUCAGAUAUUAUCAGUGAGAGGAAAUACCGUCAGCAUCCAGACACUCUUAAGUUUACAUCAAUUGAAGAUGACCCUGUUACAGUACAGGCUAAAAUCAACCAGGCCCAAAGAAGCGAUGUCCUUUAUAAAGCCAAAAAUGAAGACACAGUUCACAAAUAUAAUCUCCCAGGUGAUGCACCUCAGUUUAUCCAGGCGAAGGUUAAUUCCUACAACAUCAGUGAUACCUACUACAAACUGGCGUGGGAAGAGCUGAAAACGAAAGGAUACGAUCUGAGAUAUGAUGCUAUUCCCAUCAAAGCUGCCAAGGCUGCUAGACACUCUGCUAGUGAUUUCCAGUACAAAAAAGACUAUGAACGUGCCAAAGGCAAACUGAUUGGAUUCCAGAGCCUCCAAGACGACCCCAAACUGGUCCAUUAUAUGAAUGUAGCCAAGAUGCAAUCCGAGCGGGAGUACAGGAAGGGUUAUGAGCAAAGCAAGACCAAGUACAACACUCCACUGGAUAUGGUCAAUGUUGUAGCUGCCAAGAAGGCCCAAGAAAUUGCCAGCAACACCAAUUACAAGCACCUGGUGCACCAUUACACUUUCUUGCCUGAUGCAAUGAGUGUGGCAUUGUCCAAAAACAUGAUGCAGAUACAGAGUGAUAAUCUUUACCAUGCAGAUUUCAACAGCUGGAUGAAAGGCAUUGGGUGGAUUCCAAUUGGGUCACUGGAUGUAGAGAAAGCUAAAAAAGCGGGAGAGGCUUUGAAUGAAAAAAAUUACCGCCAGCACCCGGACACGAUCAAAUUUACCAGUGUGGUAGACUCACCUGUCAUGGUCCAGGCUAAGCAGAAUGCACUUCAGCUUAGUGAUAGACUAUACAAAUCUUCUGGAGAGGAAAACAAGCAUAAGUACAACUUGCCUUCUGAUGCCCCUCAGUUCAUACAGGCUAAAUACAAUGCAGCUAAUAUCAGUGAUACUUAUUACAAACUUGGAUAUCAGGACCUACUAGCCAAAGGGCCCCAUAUACUUGGCGAUGCUAUUCCAAUUACUUUAGCUAAGGCUUCGAGAAACAUUGCUAGUGACUACAAAUAUAAAGAGGCUUAUGAAAAGGCAAGAGGAAAACAUGUUGGUUUCAGAAGCCUACAAGAUGAUCCUAAGCUUGUCCAUUCCAUGAAUGUUGCAAAAAUGCAGUCUGACCGUGAGUACAGGAAAGACUACGAGAAGAGCAAGACUAGCUACCACACACCUGUGGAGAUGGUCAGUAUCCAGGCUGCAAAGCAAGCUCAGGAUGUAGCUUCUAACUCCCACUACAAACACCUGCUCCAUCAUUAUACGUGCUUACCAGAUGCCAUGAGUGUUGAGCUGGCAAGGAACAGGAUGCAGAUUCAGAGCGAUAAUGUUUACAAACAAGACUACAACAGCUGGUUCAAAGGAAUUGGAUGGAGUCCUUUGGGUUCACUAGAUGUGGAAAAAGUUAAAAAAGCUGGAGAGGCAUUAGAUGAACAUAAAUAUCGCCAGCAUCCAGACACCUUCAAGUUCACAAGUUUGUCAGAUUCAAUGCCAAUGGUUUUGGCUAAGCAAAACACCAAGCAGCUUAGUGAUAUAAACUACAAAGUGGAAGGCGAGAAAGUUAAACACACUUAUCACUUGGAUCCUGAUCUUCCUCAAUUUAUUCAAGCCAGAGUCAACGCUUAUAAUAUAAGUGAAGGUCAUUACAAAGCAGACUGGAAGAAGCUGAUUGCCAAAGGGUACGAUCUGAGGCCAGAUGCCAUUUCUAUAAUUGCUGCAAAAGGUUCACGAAACAUUGCCAGCGAUUACAAGUACAAGGAAGCCUAUGAGAAAGAUAAAGGAAAACAAGUUGGGUUCCGUAGUCUGCAGGAUGAUCCUAAAUUGGUCCAUUAUAUGAAUGUGGCCAAACUACAGUCCGAUCGGUUAUAUCGGAAGGAUUAUGAAAAGAGCAAGACUAAGUAUCACACCCCUUUCGACAUGUUCAGUGUGACAGCUGCUAAGAAAGCCCAAGAUGUCGUUACCGAUAUAAACUACAGACAAUCUUUACAUAAUUACACCCUGUUGCCUGAUGCCAUGAGUCUGGAAUUGUCAAGAAACAGGAUGCAGAUUCAGAGUGAUAAUCUUUACAGAGCAGAUUUCAGUACCUGGCUGAGAGGAAUUGGUUGGGUGCCAAUUCAGUCUCUAGAUGUAGAGAAAGCAAAGAAGGCCACUGAUAUUCUUAGUGAAAGGAAGUAUCGUGAGCACCCAGACAAGCUGAAAUACACUCUUGACAUGAAUUCCAUGGAGCAAGUGCUUGCCAAGCAAAAUGCCAUUACCAUGAAUAAGAGGCUUUAUGUUGGCAAAUGGAACAAAGAGAAGACUGAGAUUCAUGUGAUGCCCGACACACCUGAAAUUCUCUUGUCCAGAGCCAACCAAGUCACCAUGAGCAAUAAACUGUACAAGGCUGGAUGGGAAGAAGAUAAGAAGAAAGGUUAUGAUCUGAGGGCAGAUGCUAUUUCAAUAAAAGCAGCGAAGGCUUCUAGGGACAUUGCAAGUGAUUAUAAAUACAAACUGGCCUUUGAGCAGGCAAAGGGAAAGCACAUCGGGUUCCGGAGUCUCGAAGAUGACCCUAAGCUGGUGCAUUUUAUGCAAGUUGCUAAAAUGCAAUCGGAACGUGAAUACAAAAAAGACUAUGAGAAGUCAAAGACCAGGUUCCACACCCCAGUUGACAUGUUCAGUGUUGUGGCAGCCAAGAAAUCUCAGGAGGUGGCGACAAAUGUAAACUACAGGAGUAUUAUCCACAGUUACAAUGUUAUGCCUGAUGCCAUGAGUCUUGAAUUGGCCAAGAACAUGAUGCAGAUACAGAGUAAUAAUCAGUACAAGGCAGACUAUAAUGAAUUUAUGAUGGGAGUUGGAUGGAUGCCAUUAGGAUCUCUAGAAGCUGAGAAGAAUAAGAAAGCCAUGGAGGCUGUAAGUGACACGAAGUAUAGACAGCAUCCUGACAAACUGAAGUACUCCAUCCUAAUGGAUUCUAUGCCCAUGGUCCUGGCUACAAAUAAUGCAAAAAUUAUGGAUGAGCACCUUUACAAACAGGAUUGGGAGGCAGACAAGACAAAGAUUCACAUAAUGCCUGACAUUCCUGAGAUUCUUUUGGCAAAAGCAAAUGCCUUUAACAUCAGCAAUAAAAUGUACAGACUUUCCAUGGAAGAGGAUAAAAAGAAGGGAUAUGAUCUCAGAGCUGAUGCAAUUCCCAUUAAAGCUGCAAAGGCUUCUCGAGACAUCGCUAGCGAUUACAAAUACAAGCUAGGCUAUGAAAAGGACAAGGGUAAGCUUGUGGGCUUCCGCAGCCUUCAAGAUGAUCCCAAACUCGUCCAUUAUAUGCAAGUGGCUAAGAUGCAGUCAGACCGUGAGUACAAGAAAGCCUAUGAAAUCAGCAAGACGAGGUACAAUACACCUGCUGAUACUUUCAGUGUCAUGGCAGCCAAGGAAGCACAAGCAAAUAUCACCAACACUAACUACAAAAGGCUGAUCCACAAAUACAUCCUCCUGCCAGAUUCAUUGCAAGUAGAACUGAGCAGAAACAUGAAUCGGAUUCAAAGUGAUCAUGAAUACAAACAAGACUAUAAUGAAUGGUACAAAGGACUUGGUUGGAGCCCUGCAGGGUCAUUAGACGUUGAAAAGUCCAAGAAAGCCACCGAAAUAGCAAGCGAUACCAAGUAUCGCCAGCACCCAAGUGCUUUCCCAUUUUCCAAGAAGAUGGACUCUAUGGAUAUGGAGCUUGCAAAAUACAAUGCUGGUGUUAUGAAUAAGCAUGCAUACAUACAAGCAUGGGAGAAGGAUAAGACAACGAUUCAUGUGAUGCCAGAUACACCUGAUAUUAUGCUGGCUAAAGCCAACAAGUUUAAUUACAGUGAGAAAUUGUAUAAACUCGGAUGGCAAGAAAUGAUAAAGAAAGGCUAUGAUCUCACAGCUGAAGCCAUUUCAGUGAAAGCUGCAAAAGCAUCACGAGACAUUGCUAGUGAGUACAAGUACAAAGAAGGUUACCGCAAACAACAGGGGCAUCACAUUGGAUUCCGCAAGUUGCAAGAUGAUCCCAAACUUGUGCACUCUAUGAAUGUAGCCAAGAUGCAGAGUGAAAGGGAAUACAAGAAAGAUUUUGAGAAGUGGAAGACUAAGAUUAAUUUGCCUGUGGAUAUGAUAUCUUUCUUGAUGGCAAAGAAUUGUCAGCACUUGGUUAGUGAUGCAGACUACAGGCGGAUCAUUCACCAAUGGACUUGUUUGCCAGACCAAACAGAUGUCAUUCAUGCUAAGAAAGUUUAUGAACUCCAAAGUGAUAAUGCAUAUAAAGCUGAUCUUCAGUGGCUUCAAGGAACUGGAUGGAAUGCAUAUGGAUCUUUAGAAUCAGAAAAGAACAAGAAAGCUUCAGAGAUUCUGAGUGAGAAGAAAUAUCGUCAGCCCCCUGACACUGUUAAAUUCACAAGUAUUGCUGAUUCAAUGGAGGUGGUUUUGGCAAAAGAAAAUGCCAAGCAUAGAAGUGAUAAACUUUACCGAGAAGCUUGGGACAAGGACAAGACUCAGAUUCACAUCAUGCCUGACACUCCCGAAAUUAUUUUGGCCAGAGCCAACUUACUUAAUACAAGUGAUAAACUCUACAAGCUAGGGUUAGAAGAACUGAAGAAGAAAGGCUACAACCUUCCUAUUGAUGCCAUAACAAUCAAGGCAGCAAAAGCAUCUCGGGAGAUUGCCAGUGAAUACAAAUACAAAGAUGGCUAUCGCAAGCAGCUUGGCCACCAUAUUGGAGCUCGUAGCAUACAAGAUGACCCUAAACUUGUGCACUCAAUGAAUGUAGCCAAGAUGCAGAGUGAGAGGGAAUACAAGAAGGACUUUGAGAAAUGGAAGACCAAGUACAACAGUCCUGUGGACAUGCUUGGGAUCUUGCUGGCUAAGAAUUGUCAGAAAUUAGUCACUGAUGUUGAUUAUCGCAAUUACCUGCACCAGUGGACUUGUCUCCCAGACCAGAAUGAUGUUGUGCAUGCCAGGAAAACAUACGAUCUUCAAAGUGAUAAUAUGUACAAAGCAGAUCUUGAGUGGCUAAAAGGCAUAGGCUGGUCUCCAAGUGGUUCUCUAGAAGCUGAGAAGAAUAAGAGAGCCUCUCAGAUCUUGAGUGACCAUUCGUACAGGCAGCAUCCCGACACAUUCAAAUUUACAAGUCCUAUUGAUUCCAUGCCUAUGGCUUUGGCAAAGCAUAACUCUGAAAUUAUGAACCAUCGCAUGUAUGUUGAUGCUUGGAACAAGGAUAAAACCAGCAUCCACAUUAUGCCAGAUACUCCUGAAAUUUUACUGUCACAGCAGAACAAAAUCAACUUCAGUGAAAAAUUAUACAAACUUUCAUUGGAAGAGGCCAGGCAGAAGGGCUAUGAUCUUCGUGUGGAUGCAAUCCCAAUCAAGGCUGCUAAAGCUUCCAGAGAUAUUGCAAGCGAUUACAAAUAUAAGGAAGGCUAUCGGAAGCAGCUUGGUCACCAUGUGGGAGCCCGCAGCGUUCAAGAUGACCCUAAACUUGUGCACUCAAUGAAUGUAGCGAAGAUGCAGAGUGAGAGGGAAUACAAGAAGGACUUUGAGAAAUGGAAGACCAAGUAUACCACUCCUGUGGAUAUGCUUGGUGUCUUAUUGGCUAAGAACUGUCAGAAACUAGUUAGUGAAGUUGAUUACCGCAACUACCUGCACCAGUGGACAUGCCUUCCAGACCAAAAUGAUGUCAUCCAUGCUAGGAAAGCUUAUGAACUACAGAGUGACAAUUGCUACAAGCUAGACCUUCAGUGGAUGAAAGGCAUUGGCUGGGUCCCCAUUGGCUCACUGGAUGUUGAAAAAGCCAAGAAAGCUGGAGAGAUCCUAAGUGAAAAGAAAUAUCGUCAGCCCCCGGACACAUUCAAAUUUACUAGUGUGACGGAUUCUCUAGAAGUAGUCUUGGCCAAGCAUAAUGCAGAAACAAUGAGUAAGCAUUUGUACACUGAAGCCUGGAAUAAAGACAAGACUCAAAUCCACAUGAUGCCUGACACCCCUGAAAUCACUUUGGCGAGGGAAAAUAAGAUCAACUAUAGUGAGAGUUUAUAUAAACGUUCACUGGAAGAAGCAAGGAAGAAGGGGUAUGAUUUGCGAAUUGAUGCCAUUCCAAUCCAGGCUGCCAAGGCAUCGAGAAAUAUUGCCAGUGAUUACAAAUACAAAGAAGGUUAUCGCAAGCAGCUUGGUCAUCAUGUGGGAGCUCGCAGCGUACAAGAUGACCCUAAACUUGUUCAUUGUAUGAAUGUAGCCAAGAUGCAGAGUGAGAGGGAAUACAAGAAGGACUUUGAGAAAUGGAAGACCAAGUAUAUUAGUCCUGUAGAUAUGCUUGGUGUCUUAUUGGCCAAGAACUGUCAGAAACUGGUCAGUGAUGUUGACUACCGCACUCACCUGCACCAGUGGACCUGUCUGCCAGAUCAGAAUGAUGUCAUCCAAGCUAGAAAGGCUUACGAUCUACAGAGCGAUAAUAACUACAAGCUAGACCUUCAGUGGAUGAAGGGCAUUGGCUGGGUCCCCAUUGGCUCACUGGAUGUUGAAAAAGCCAAGAAAGCUGGAGAGAUCCUAAGUGAAAAGCAAUAUCGUCAGCCACCAGACAGAUUCAAAUUUACUAGUGUGACGGAUUCUCUGGAAAUGGCCUUAGCCAAACAAAAUGCAGAAACAAUGAAUAAGCGCCUGUAUACUGAAGCUUGGGAUAAUGACAAAAGAACAAUUCACGUGAUGCCUGAUACUCCUGAAAUCAUGCUAGCCAAAUUCAAUAAACUAAACUACAGUGAGAAAUUAUACAAACUGGCUAUGGAAGAAUCAAAGAAGAAGGGCUAUGACCUGCGAGUUGACGCUAUUCCAAUUCAAGCCGCCAAAGCAUCCAGAAAUAUUGCCAGUGAUUACAGAUACAAAGAAGGUUAUCGCAAGCAGCUGGGUCAUCAUGUGGGAGCUCGCAGCGUACAAGAUGACCCUAAACUUGUGCAUUCUAUGAACGUAGCCAAGAUGCAGAGUGAGAGGGAAUACAAGAAGGACUUUGAGAAAUCCAAGACCAAGUAUAUUAGUCCUGUGGAUAUGCUUGGUGUCUUAUUGGCCAAGAACUGUCAGAAACUGGUCAGUGAUGUUGACUACCGCAAUUACCUGCACCAGUGGACCUGUCUGCCAGAUCAGAAUGAUGUCAUCCAAGCUAGAAAGGCCUACAAUUUACAGAGUGAUAAUGCAUACAAGUCAGACUUGGAGUGGCUGCGUGGUAUUGGCUGGAUCCCAGAGGGCUCCUUGGAAGUCAUCAAAGUGAAGAAAGCCCAGGAGAUUCUGAAUGACAGACUGUACCGUCAACGACCAGACUCUAUAAAAUUUACUGCUAUUGUUGACACACCAGAAAUUGUCUUGGCUAAGUCCAAUGCUCUGCUUCAGAGUGGGGCUUUAUAUCGUGAACUCUGGGAUAAAGAAAAGACACAAUUCACCCUUCCAGUUGAUACACCCGAGAUGGUGCUAUCCAAAAUGAAUGCUCUGAACGUCAGCAAAAAGCAUUAUCAAUCUGGCUGGGAAGAAGCCAAGAAGAAAGGUUAUGAUUUAAGAUUGGAUGCCAUUGAAAUCCGGCAGGCCAAGGCUUCAAGAAAUAUUGCCAGUGAGUACAAGUACAAAGAAGGCUACCGUAAGCAACUUGGACACCACGUGGGAUGCCGAAACAUCUAUGAUGACCCGAAGCUGGUACUAGCGAUACAUGUAGCUAAACUGCAAAGUGACCGGGUAUACAAGCAAGAGUUUGAGAAAUGGAAGACCAAGUUCAAUAGCCCAGUGGACAUGCUGUCUAUCUUGUUGGCCAAGAACUGUCAGAAACUGGUCAGUGACAUUGAUUACCGCCACUAUCUGCAUGAGUGGACUUGUCUGCCUGACCAGAAUGAUGUCAUCCAAGCCAAAAAAGUAUAUGAGCUACAGAGUGAUAAUGCUUAUAAAUCAGACCUGGAGUGGCUGCGUGGCAUUGGGUGGAUGCCAGAGGGCUCUGUGGAAGUGCUCAAAGUGAAAAAAGCUCAAGAACUUCUGAAUGACAGAUUAUACAAGCAGCGUCCAGACACACUGAAGUUUACCAGUAUUGCUGACCCACCUCCUGUCGUCCUGGCUAAGAUCAAUGCUCAACAAAUCAGUGAGAAUCUGUACCGUGAAGCCUGGGAUAAAGAGAAGACACAGUUCCAUCUUCCUGCCGAUACCCCUGGAAUGCUGUUGUCUAAAAUGAAUGCCGUGAAUAUCAGCAAUAAAUGUUAUACUGGAGCUUGGGAUGAGGCCAAAGCAAAAGGUUAUGACAUAAGAGCGGAUACCAUUUCAAUCAAGCAGGCUAAAGCUUCCAGAGAAAUUGCCAGUGAGUACAAGUACAAAGAAGCUCAUGAGAAACAGAAAGGUCACUACAUUGGAUGCCCUUCAGUAGCAGAUGACCCCAAACUAUCAUGGGCUGCCAAAGUAUUGAAGAUGCAAAAUGACAGAGAGUAUAAGAAGGCUUACAACAAUUCAAAAGCCAAGAUCGCUAUACCAGUUGAUAUGGUGGCUAUCCAAGCAGCCAAGCAAGGCCAGUCUUUAGUAAGCGAUGUUGAAUAUCGCCGUUAUUUGCACCAGUGGACUUGUCUGCCAGACCAGAAUGAUGUGAUCCAGGCAAGAAAGGCUUAUGAACUACAAAGUGAUGCUAUUUAUAAGUCAGAUCUAGAAUGGCUCCGGGGUGUUGGAUGGAUCCCACAUGAGUCUGUGGAUGUAAAGAGGGUGAAAGCUGCGCAGGAUCUCUUGAAUGAGAGACUGUACCGCACACCACCUGACCGCCUGAAAUUCACCAACAUCGUUGACACUCCAGAAAUUCUCCUUGCUAAAACCAAUGCCGAGCAACUCAGCCUUGCUAAAUACAGAGAAGUCUGGGAUAAAGAUAAAACCAUGAUCCAUGUGAUGCCAGAUACACCCGAAAUCAUGCUGUCCAGGGCUAAUGCUGUCAACGUGAGCAAUAAACUUUACAGGGAAGCUUGGGAUGACAUAAAGAAAUUUAUUGAUCUGAGAUCAGAUGCAGUCCCAAUCAAGACAGCCAGAGCUUCAAGAGAAAUUGCCAGUGAUUACAAGUACAAAGAAGGCUACCGUAAGCAACUUGGACACCACGUGGGAUGCCGAAACAUCUAUGAUGAUCCUAAAUUGGUACUGGCGAUGCAUGUAGCUAAACUGCAAAGUGACCGGGUAUACAAGAAAGAGUUUGAGAAAUGGAAGACUAAGUUCAAUAGCCCAGUGGACAUGCUGUCCAUCUUGUUGGCCAAGAACUGUCAGAAACUGGUCAGUGACAUUGAUUACCGCCACUAUCUGCAUGAGUGGACCUGUCUGCCUGACCAGAACGACGUCAUCCAAGCCAAAAAAGCAUAUGAGCUACAGAGCGAUGCUGUUUAUAAAUCAGAUCUGGAAUGGCUACGUGGAGUUGGCUGGAUGCCAAAUGAUUCUGUGGGGGUCAACCAUGUUAAAAAUGCUCAGGACAUUUUGAGUGAGAGAAAGUAUCGUACAAAAGUUGACAGCCAGAAAUUUACUCCAGUGGCUGACCGGGUUGAUUAUAUCACAGCCAAACAAAGUGGGGAAAUACUAAGUGAUAUUAAGUACCACCAAGAAUGGAAUAACAUCAAAACAAAUUAUACCCUAACAGAGACACCACAGUUAGAAGCAGCUAAAGAAGCAGCCAGGAUUCUUAAUCAUAAUUUAUACAAGGAGAGCUGGGAGAAGCAGAAAGCUACUGGUUAUUUUUUGCCUCCUGACAGUGUGCCUAUUUGUCACGCCAAACAUUCAAAUGAUGUCCAAAGUGAGCUGAAAUACAAAGCAGACUACGUCAAGCAAAAAGGUCACUACGUUGGAGUCCAGAACAUGAGACAGGAUCCCAAACUGGUGUGGUUUGAGCAUGCUGGGAAGAUCCAGAAUGACAGAUUGUAUAAAGAGGCAUAUAAUAAGACAAAGUCCAAGAUUCAUAUACCUCCAGAUAUACUAUCUGUCAUCGCAGCCAAAGACUGCCAGACAGUAGUCAGUGAAAUUCCAUAUCGCACUUACCUUCAUGAAUGGACAUGCCACCCUGACCAGAAUGACUGCAUCCAAGCAAGGAAAGCGUAUGAUCUUCAAAGUGAUAAUCUUUAUAAAUCUGAUUUGGAAUGGAUCCGUGGCUGUGGGUGGAUUCCUUUAGAUUCGGUGGAACAUCGGAAGGUUAAGAAUGCUCAGGACCUGAUUAACAAGAGAAUCUACACAAAGGAUGCUUUGGACAAUUUCUCUAAGUUCACGUCUGUAACUGAUGCUCCAGAUGUUGUUUUGGCUAAGGCAAACGCAAUAAAUCAGAGUGAUCUGAAAUACAAAGAAACCUUUAAUCUUGAGAAAGGCCACUACAUUGGUUCUGAGGACACUAUAGCCUUGAACCAUUCUAGAGAUGUAUCUAAGCUUUACAGUGAUGUACUUUACAAGGAAUCAUGGGAAUCAGGCAAGGCCAUCGGGUACACUCUUCCUCCAGACUACAUCCCUAUUGUUGGGGCCAAACAUGCCGACUAUGUUAAUAGUGAGCUUAAAUAUAAAUUAGAACAUGAGAAGCAAAAAGGCCAUUAUCUGGCUGGGACACAAAUAAAUGAUUUCCCAAGUGUUGUCCAUUCUCUUGCUUUCCAAAAAAUAAGGAGUGCGUUGGCCUAUAGGAAGAAUUAUGAGGACACCAAGGCGCAUAUUCAUAUCCCAAGUGACAUGAUCAAUCACGUGCUGGCAAAGAAAUGCCAAUAUAUCCUCAGUGAUCUUGAGUAUCGAACAUAUCUACACCAGUGGAACUGUUCACCUGAAGAGCAUGAUGUUAUCAUGGCUAAAAGAGCCCAGGAAAUUCUAAGUGAUGUUUUGUACAAGGAUGACUUAACUUGGCUGAAGGGAAUUGGCUGCUAUGUAUGGGACACUCCUGAAAUCCUGCAUGCUAAGAAGUCUUAUGAUCUCCAGAGUCAACUGAAGUACAUAAAAGAGGGAAAAGAGAAUUUCAAGAACUAUGGAGUGGUUCUUGACACUCCAGUUUAUGUAACUGCACUCCAGAGUGGUAUCAAUGCUAGUGAUCUCAAAUAUAAAGAAGAAUACCAUAAAACAAAGGACCAAUAUACUACAGUGCUGGAAACAGUAGACCACGAAAGGACUCAGAAUCUGAAGCACCUUUUUAGCAAUAACCUGUAUAAAGAAGCCUGGGAAAAAGUGAAGUCUGUUGGCUUCACGUUGCCUCCUGAUGCUGUGCCAUUUGUUCGUGCUAAAGAACUGAAGCAUAAUGCCAGUAUUGUAAAGUACCGGGAGGAAUAUGAUAAGUUUAAAGCACUUUACACUAUUCCAAGAGGAGUUAAGGAUGAUCCAAAUACUGCAAGAUGCCUAAAAGUUGGCAAAUUGAAUAUUGAUCGGCUAUACAGAGAAACCUAUGAAAAGAACAAGGCCAAAAUUCACAUUGUCCCAGACAUGGUUGACAUUGUGUCUGCUAAAGACACUCAGAAGAAAGUUAGUGAAAUUGAUUAUCGUAUACGUCUUCAUGAGUGGGCCAACAUCGCAGAUCCUCAUGCCCAUGCUCAUGCUCGAAAAGUCAAUGACCAACUUAGCGAUAUUGUAUAUAAAGAUGAUCUCAACUGGCUCAAAGGCAUAGGGUGCUUUGUUUGGGACACUCCUGAAAUUCUCCAUGCCAAACAUGCCUAUGACCUUCGCAACGAUCUCAAAUACAAGUCAGUGGCUGAUAAAAUGAAGAGUAAAUUCACUGUGGUCACAGACACACCAGUGUAUGUUCAGAAUGUUCUGAGUGGUAUGAACCUGAGUGAAGCUGUUUACCGCCAUGACUAUGUAUGUAACAUUAAAGGGAAAUAUACUCCUGUUGAUAAGACUGUGGAUUUGGAGCGAGCAAAUAAUGCAUACAAAAUACAAUGUGAAGGUCUCUACCGAAAUGCUGGUUUACAUGCUCUUCCCACCGGAUAUACACUCCACUCGGACACUCCUGGUUUCAAACAUGCUAAACAUGCCCAGUACAUUGGUAGUGAUCUGAAAUAUAAGGAAGUCUAUGAACAUAUCAAGGGUAAAGGCUACAAUUUUGGACCCAAAGCUGUUCCCUUUGUAAAUAUAAGGAAGGUUAAUAAGGUUCUCAAUGAGAGACUGUAUCGGGAGAUAUAUCACAAAAAUAAGGACAAAAUCCACACUACACCUGAUACGCCAGAAAUCCGCCAAGUGAAAGCUACCCAGGAAGCUGUCAGUGAUCUAAUCUACAAAACCGACUUCUUCAAGAUGCGGGGGCACUUGAUUUCCCUUCCCUAUACUCCUCAAACAAUGCAUAGUCGUUACGUUGGAGAGAUUACAAGUGAUAUUAAAUACAAAGCGGAUCUGGAAUGGCUGAAAGGCCUGGGCUGUUUCCUGUAUGAUACUCCUGAUAUGGUCCGUGCUCGGCACUUGCGUAAUCUCUGGUCACAUUAUGUGUACACCAAUUCUGCAAAGAAGCUGCAGGACAAGUACCACGUGGUUCUGGACACGCCUGUGUAUAGGACUAUCCAAGAGCUAAAGACCCAUUUGAGUGAUAUUGUGUACAGAGCUGUUGGCAAUGAGCAAAAGACCAAGUACACCUCUAUCCUUGAUACACCAGAUUUCCACAGGGCCAAAGCGGGGCAAAAACUACAGAGCAAAUAUUUGUAUGUAGAACUUGCCACCAAAGAAAGACCUCAUCACCAUGCUGGGAAUCGGACACCUGCCUUGGACCUUGCUAAGCAUGUGAAGGACUUUGCCAGUGAGAAAAAAUAUAAAAGCAAUUAUGAGAAAAUGAAGCACAAGUAUGUAACAGUCCCUGAUACACCGAUCCUCAUCAGAGCUAAGAGAGCUUACCUGAAUGCUAGUGAUCUGCGCUACAAAGAAACAUUUGAACAAGCAAAGGGUAAAUAUCACACUGUGAAGGAUGCCUUGGAUAUUGUAUACCAUCGCAAGGUCACAGAUGAUAUCAGCAAGGUGAAAUAUAAAGAAAAGUACUUGAGCCAAUUAGGAAUCUGGAGAUCAAUUCCAGAUCGGCCAGACCACUUCCAUCAUCGUGCUGUUACUGAUGCAGUUAGUGAUGUUAAAUAUAAGGAAGACUUAGCAUGGCUCAAAGGCAUUGGUUGUUAUGCCUGGGAUACUCCAGAUCUUCUGCUGGCAGAGAAGAACAAGGCACUGUACAGUCCGUAUAAGUAUAAGGAAUCAUUUGAAAAGAUAAAAUCAAAGUUCAAGUAUGUUGCUGACAGUCCAAUUAAUAACCAUUUGAAGUAUGCCACUCAGCUAAUGAAUGAGAAACUUUACAAAUCUGAUUAUGAGAAGAAGAAGGAUAAGUAUUCCAUUGUGGUGGAUGACCCUAGAACUUUGCUGGCCAAAUUGGGAGGCGAACUAAGCAGUCAGUACAAGUACAAAAGGUUAUAUGAAAAGCAGAAGGACAAGUUUACAAGCAUUGUGGAUACUCCAGAGCAUCUGAGGACAACGAAAGUCAACAAGCAAAUCAGUGAGAUCAUUUAUAAGAUGGACCAUGUCAAGGCCAGAGCAAAAGGAUAUACCACAAUCCAUGACACUCCCAUGUUGCUCCAUGUACGCAAGGUCAAGGAUAGAAUAAGUGAUCUGAAAUACAAAGAACUUUAUCAGCAAAAUAAGUCCCACUGCAAUGUGGUACCAGAUUCUGUCCACAUAAAGGCUGCCAAACAGGCCUACAAAGUCAACAGCAAUCUGGAUUACAAGAAGAAAUAUGAAGCCGCCAAGGCUCACUGGCAUUGGACUGUGGACAGACCUGACUUCAUCCAAAAUGCCAAAACAUCUUUGCAACAGAGUGAUUAUGACUACAAGUAUGACCUAAAAUACUUUAAAGGAUGCAAGAUCUCCGUAACAGAUGACAAAAACACAGUGUUGGCUUUACAGAAUGCCAUUUUGGCGAGUGAUCUAAAAUAUAAGGAGAAACAUAACAAAGAAAGAGGAACUAUCCAUUCUGUUCCAGAUACUCCUCAGAUUCUGCUUGCAAAAGCUGUUAGCUCUCUGGUGUCUGAGAACAAAUACAAAGAACAUGUAAGGAAGCACCUUCCACAUGGAUCUUUCACAACAUUGCCUGAGACACGUGAUACUAUUCGCGUUAAAGAAGUAACUAAGAAUGUCAGUGAGACAAAUUACAAAAAGAAGUUUCAGAAGGAGAAAGGCAAGUCCAACUAUUCAAUCAUGCUGGAGCCUCCUGAUGUAAAGCAUGCAAUGGAAGUUGCAAAAAGCCAGAGUAAUAUUCAGUACAAAAAAGAUGCAAAAUCCAAACUUAAUUAUACAUCUGUGGCAGACCGACCAGACAUUAAAAAAGCUUCUCAAGUCUCCAAGCUAGUCAGUGAUAUUCAGUACAAAGCCAAGGCUCGAAGAGAAGCUGGUAUGGGAGUCAGCAUGCUUGGACGUCCCGAUAUUGAACUUGCUAAGGAGGUGUCCAGACUUACAAGCCAGAUAAAAUACAAAGAGAACUUUGACAAGGAGAAGGGAAAGAAGCCACAUUAUGACCUGAAGGACAGCAAGAUUUACAAGACCCUACAAGAUGCUCAUCACAUUGCUAGUGAGAUUAAAUAUAAGGCAGACCUCAAGAAACUUCACAAGCCAGUGACAGAUAUGUCUGAAUCCCUCUCGAUGAAUCAUGUCCUGAGCACCAGCCAGCUUGCCAGUUCCUAUCAGUACAAGAAGCAGUAUGAGAAGAGUAAGGGUCACUACCAUGUGGUUCCAGAUAACCUUGAACAGGUCCAUCUAAAGGAGGCUUCAGAACUUCAGAGCCAAGUGAAAUAUAAGGAAAAAUAUGAAAAAGAAAGAGGGAAAGCCAUGCUGGAUUUUGAAACACCAACAUACAUCACUGCUAAGGAAGCGCAGCACAUGCAGAGUGACAAAGAAUAUAAAAAAGACUUUGAAGAGUCCAUUAAAGGCAGAAACCUUACCGGCCUGGAGAUUACACCAUCUUUAUUGCAUGUCAAAUAUGCCACCAAAAUAGCAAGCGAGAAAGAAUACAGGAGAGAUUUGGAAGAAGGUGUCAAAGGUAAAGGCCUAACUAUUUUGGAAGAGACACCAGAUUUACUCAGAGCAAAGAAUGCAACCCAUAUCUUGAAUGAGAAAGAAUACAAGAAAGGUCUGGAACUGGAAAUCAAAGGAAGAGGUAUGACAGCUCUUGCAUUGGGAACACCAGAUUUUAUGAGAGCAAAGAAUGCCAUGGACAUUGCUAGCCAGAUUAAAUAUAAGCAAUCUGCAGAAAUGGAAAAAGCCAACUAUACUACUGUUGUUGACACACCAGAGAUCAUUCAUGCUCAUCAAGUGAAGAACCUUUCAAGUCAGAAAAAGUACAAGGAAGAGGCAGAGAGAACCAUGUCGUAUUAUGUGCCUGUCCUAGAUACACCAGAAAUGCAGAGAGUCCGGGAGAACCAAAAGAACUUCAGCAUGCUUCAGUAUCAACAAGAUAUGCAGCAUAGCAAAGGAAAAGUCACUGUGGUAAACGAAACACCAGAAAUACUGCGAGUUAAAGAAAACCAGAAGAACUUCAGCACGAUUUUAUAUAAAGAAGAUAUUGGAACAGGAACAGCUAUAGAAAAGACGCCUGAGAUGCAGCGAAUAAAACAAACCCAGGAUGCAAUAAGCACGAUUAAGUACAAGGAAAACAUUGGAAAAGGAACUCCCAUUCCUGAUCUUCCUGAAGUAAAACGUGUCAAGGAGACACAGAAGCACAUCAGCUCGGUGUUGUACAAAGAGAAUUUAGGGACUGGAAUCCCAACACCUAUUACUCCAGACAUGGAGAGAGUCAAACGCAAUCAAGAAAACUUUAGCUCGGUUUUGUACAAAGAGGAGUUGGGGAAAGGUACUCCUACACCCGUCACUCCUGAGAUGGAGAGAGUCAAACGCAAUCAAGAACAUAUUAGCUCGGUUUUGUACAAAGAGGGACUGGGGAAAGGUACCCCUAUGCCUGUCACUCCUGAGAUGGAGAGAGUCAAACACAAUCAAGAACAUAUUAGCUCGGUGUUGUACAAAGAGGGACUGGGGAAAGGUACCCCGACACCUGUCACUCCAGAGAUGGAGAGAGUCAAACGCAAUCAAGAAAAUAUUAGCUCGGUUUUGUACAAAGAGGGACUGGGGAAAGGUACCCCUACUCCUGUCACUCCUGAGAUGGAGAGAGUCAAACGCAAUCAAGAACACAUUAGCUCGGUUUUAUAUAAAGAGAAUUUGGGGCAAGCAACCCCGACCCCUGUCACUCCAGAGAUGGAAAGAGCCAAACGCAAUCAAGAAAACAUUAGCUUGGUGUUGUACAAAGAGAACUUGGGAAAAGGAACUCCAACAUCUGUUACUCCAGAGAUGGAGAGAGCUAGACGCAAUCAAGAAAACAUUAGCUCGGUCCUGUAUUCUGAUAGUUUCCGGAAACAAGUACAAGGUAAAGCAGCCUUUGUCCUGGAUACCCCUGAAAUGAGGCGUGUUCGUGAGACACAACGGCACAUUUCCACGGUGAAAUACCAUGAAGAUUUUGAAAAGAGCAAAGGCAGCUUCACACCAGUGGUUACUGACCCCAUAACAGAGCGUGUAAAGAAGAACAUGCAAGAUUUCAGUGAUAUCAGCUACAGGGGCAUUCAGAGGAAAGUAGUGGAAAUAGAAAGAAAACGUGUAGAGCAGGAUCAAGAACUGAACAACUUCACAGAUCUUCGUGUGUGGCGUACUAAUCCUGGAUCAGUCUUUGACUAUGACCCAGCAGAAGACAACAUUCAGUCUAGAAGCUUACAUUUGAUUACUGUUCAAGCCCAACGACGCAGCCGAGAGCAAUCCCGCUCUGCUAGUGCACUGAGCCUCAGUGCUGGAGAUGAAAAAUCAGAGCAUUCAGAAAAUGCUGACCAGCAUCUGUCCUAUUACAGUAAUGGAGGUUUCUUUACCACGGCUACAACAGUGGGAUACAAACAAGCUAAAACUGUAGAGCUACCACAACAAAGAUCAUCUUCUGUGGCUACACAGCAGACAACAGUAUCUUCCAUCCCAUCUCAACCAUCUACUGCUGGGAAGACAUACCGGGCUAUGUAUGAUUACAUGGCGGCAGAUGCAGAUGAAGUCUCCUUCAAAGAUGGUGAUACAAUCAUGAAUGUCCAGGCCAUUGAUGAAGGGUGGAUGUAUGGGACUGUGCAGAGAACAGGCAAAACAGGCAUGCUGCCAGCCAACUAUGUUGAAGCAGUGUAAGCCAAGAAGAGGAGGCUUUCCAUAAAACAUAUCUACAUGGACAAUAAGAAGGCACUUCCAAAGCUCUCCUGAGUGCCUUAUUGUUUUCCUUUGUGGAUAUGUACAAGGCAUUGCCUAUCAGGGAAAGAUUUCAGCAAACAUCUCUGGAAGAUCUGAAUGAUUAAGAUUCUAGUCAGAUAACCACCUGGAAGUGUGAUCCUAGUGACACCACUACAGAGCCUUGAAUAUCUGGACUUGCAUAUUCAACCCCCCUAAGUUUUCUUGUUUGAGUCACAGUUCCAAGAAGCUAUCCUUUCUUCUCUGGAAUCAAGCUGAAUUUCCACACUCUUCAUUUUUAAAAAUGGAACAUCUGUGUUGACUUUAAUGGUUUUCUGAUCAAGAGAUGUAGUGUUCUCCUGUGGUAUUAUAAAAAUAGGUGAUUGUAUUUAUUUCCAUCUUAAGUAAGCAACUAUGUAAAGCUAACACCUCAAACCAGCAAUUGAAACAAAAAGAACUUGAAAAGGCCUCUCCUCUUGUCUGCUUGCAGAACGCUGAUGCAUGCAUUUUUCAUCUGAGUGUUCUUGGGUCACAGUGCUGUUACUCCUUCUAAGUUGGUGACUAAUAAAUUUCACAUUCAGCAA